AUGGAGGGUGAUUCGAACCAACUUCAUCCGAUGGUGGAUGUUGAGGAGUAUGAAAAUGAGGAUUCUAUUGGUAUCAGCAAUGUUGGUACUGAUAGUUCCCCAGAAAAUGAAGUGGCCCAAGAUAUUGUUUCUAAUGAGGUUCCAAACCAAGAAGAUCUAGAAAAGAUUGCUUAUCAGAGGAAGCAAAGGAAGAAGACCUCUCAUGUUUGGGAGCAUUAUAUUGAGGUGAAAAUAAAAGGUAAGGCAAAGUAUCAAUGCAAAUGGUGUAUGAGGGCAUUUAGUGUGUCGAGUUCAAGCUGUGCAAGUACUUUAGGUAGGCACUUAAAAAAAUGUAACACUUUCCUUGGUGCUAAAGAUAAGAAGAAGCAAAAGGUUUUGUCUAUUGAUGGUACUAUGGAUGGUGAUGGUGUGGGCAGCAUAAGAAACUUUACCUAUGAUGAAAGAAAAUCAAGAGAACUUUGUCCUCAUAUGAUUCUCUAUCAUGAAUACCCAUUUAAUAUUGUAGAGCAUGCAUUAUUUAAUAAGUUUGCAAAGUCUUUAGAGCCACAAUGGGCAAAACUAAGUCGGGAUGCAGCAAAGAAUGAUUGUUUUGCCACUUUUGAGGUUGAGAAGAGGAAAUUGAGCAAUUUGUUGAGAAGUGUUCAUAAAGUUAACAUUACAACUGACAUGUGGACUUCGCGCCAAAGAUUGUCUUAUAUGGUUGUCACAUGUCAUUUCAUUGAUCCUGAUUGGUGUCUAAAUAGGCGUGUGCUUAACUUUUGUAAUGUGCCACCACCACACACCGGUUUUCUCAUUGCUGAUGCACUACAAAAUUUUUUUCAAGAAUGGGGGAUUGAGAACAAAAUUUCUGCCAUCAUAGUUGAUAAUGCAAAGGCAAAUGAUACAUCCCUUAGAAUAUUGAAAGAUGUUUUUAACAGAAGAAAAGCUUUGCUUAUUGGUGGAAAAUUGUUUCAUGUUCGUUGUUGUGCCCACAUGACCAAUUUGCUAGUUCAAGAUGGUCUUGAUGAGAUUUCUCUAAUUGUUGACUGUGUUAGAGAUAGAAUUAAAUACUUGGUGGCAUCGGAGAGUAGGUUGAUUAAGUUUAGUGAAAUUGCAAAGCAAUUGCAAUUGGCCUCUAAGAAAUUAAUUUUGGAUGUCCCAACUAGGUGGAAUAGUACAUAUAAGAUGCUCUCAACAGCAAUUGAGUUCAAAGGGGUCUUUCCAAUGUAUUCAUACAUGGAUAAUGGUUUUCUUUGGUCGCCAUCUGAUAAGGAUUGGGAGAAAGUUGAAAAAGCGUGUCAAUUAUUGGCGGUCUUCAAUGAUGUAACCAAUAUUGUCUCGGGUAGUGAUUACCCUACUUCUAAUUUAUUCUUACCAGAGGUGUGGAGGAUGAAAUAUGUAUUGGCUACGAACUGUAGACAUGAAAAUGAGUACAUUAAAACAAUGCCUCGUAAAAUGAAUGUCAAGUUUCUGAAAUAUUGGGGAGAGUGCAACUUAUUGAUGUCAAUUGCUGCUGUGUUGGACCCAAGGAAUAAAAUGACAUUGAUACGAUUUUGUUUCCCUUUAAUAUAUCAAGAGGGAGAUGCGAAGAAGAAGAUUGAUCUUAUCCUUGAUGUUUUAAAAGAGUUAUAUAAUGAGUAUCUUAAAGAAUAUAAUGCAACUGUUAUUUAA